UUUUGAUUUUCAUUCAUUCAACUUUUCUUCUUCUUCUUCAUUGUAAUCUUCCAAGGAACUCUAAAGCGGCUUCUUGGAGGAAAUUCAGGAAAUUCUAAGAAAAAUCGCUAAAAUCUCGUGAAAAAGGGUUAAAAUUGAAUUUCUGAAGCAAAGAAAAGAUUCAGGAAAAAGUCUGUGGAAACAUAACCUCAAAAAUGGACGAUCCAUUGCGCCCCAAAACAGUCCCACUUUCCGCUGAGACAAUCCUUUGGUUUGAAUUCCUCCUGGAUCCGGAACUUCUUACAUCGCAUCUCAAUAAACUCCACCCAAAUCCACCAGCAAUUGAAUUAAUUGAGAAAUUCCUGACAAUCUUCCCGGAUAACCCUGUGGAGGCAUGUCCAACACCGCAGGAGGGCGAGAAGGAACCCACCGUGAGGAGUAUUGAGGAUAUCCUGGGGAGGAAGCAGGUGGCACUGAAGAUUCUCACGCUGAAAGUUGCUUCGCACCUCAAAUGGAAUCUCGAUGUGAUUGAGACGCUGAGCCUGCAGAAGCAGAUUCAGCUCCUGGAUGAUUUGUGCACCAUCACAUCGGGUACCCUCGUGAGUCUCCCUCUGACGAGUGAUGAGGUGAAAAUCGGGCCCCAAGGCAGCCGGGGGGCAUUUGAAUUUGCUCUCCUGAUCUACCAUCGUUGGACCCUCCGGGUGUACAAGAUCUUCAAGGAGGUCCUCCUGAAGAAUAAGGCAAUUUUCGGGCUUAAUCCCGCCACAGCAGCUGAUCCCAUCUCAUUGCGGGAUGAAAUGUUCGCCACAGCAAUGGAUCCCAUUCCGCAGGAUUCCAUCAACUACCUCCUGGGGAUUUGUCAGAAUCCCGAAGCAAUUGCCGUCCUCACGUAUGAUUCCCUCAUGCCCCUCAAUGCCACUGCCGAGUACACAAAUCAGAACUUCCGCUUCAUUAAAUUCAUCUCAAAGUGCGAGAUUAAGACACAAAUUCACUUUGAUCUCUGCAAAUUCUUCCUCUACAUCAAUUCCAAUGCCCUGGCCAGGCAGCACGCGAUCGAUUGUCGGGAUAAUUUGCGCACCCUCCGUGCUGAAUAUGGUGCCCGUGGGGAGACCGCAGCGGACUUCCUCCUGUGCAAUGUCCCAGAGCAGGAGCUGGAGGGAUGCUUGCUGGCAUGCGGAGUGAGUGACGUAAAGCACGGCCUACUGCAGCGAAUGAAUGAGGAAACUGUCCACAGGAGAUAUGCAAAUAUCCUGGAAAUCCUCGAAAGGGACAACUUGGAGAUGGAAAUCCCGUUUGUGCAUCGAAAAAUCCUCGAAUUGGACAUUGAGGAAGCCCUCAAGGUCAGUCAACCACACGUGACGAAGGACAUUGAAUGCAGUAUCCUUGCCCUGAAUACCAUCCGGUGCCUUGUUGACGAAGAGAACUGCCACCAAACAACGGACUUUAUGCAGAAAUGCAACUAUUCCGGGGAUUUCCUCAAAUUCCUCCUGGAUGCAACGACAAAAACGCUCAAAGGAUGCUCCGGGAAGAGCAGGGAGCGCAUUGCACAGUACUUCCGGACACUUCUCAUGAAGAUGGACAUUUUCCCGGAGGUGCGUGCCCUCAAUCUCCUGGCAGAAGAUGAAUUGGCGGCCAUUGAGAAGCUCAAAGGAGGCGGAGACUUCCAAUUCCCCCAGAUUGCCACGCAAACUGAUUGGAAGGUGUGUGAGACGAAUCAGCAUCGCCUGGAAGUGGGGCAUCUCAAGAGACAACUCAUCACGGGCAGUCCAACGGAGAUACGUAAAAUUUGCCGACGUCUCGCUACGGCCAAGGAGUACGAUGACGUCCGGAGGCGUCCACGGGAAUUGUGGGAAAUCAACCCAAGUUGGUCCAUCCCCAUUCCGCUGCAAUCUGUCCUGAAAUCCCUCCAAAGGGGCUUCCUCAAAGAUUUCGCCUACAUCACACUGGGAAAGGCAAAAGAGCUGACAAAUCGCAAAGACUACCCCACAGCCAUUGCAAUGUUGAACAACCUGAAGACCGAGACCCAACGUCCGGACAUUGCCAGCACUCCAGCCGUGGCGAAGAUCAGCAAAUUGAUUGGCUGGGAGAUUCUCCUCGUACAAAUCACCCAAUGCCUCAAUGAUUGGCCCCGGAAGCAUCCGGAUUCCGUGGCAAUUGGCACAAAAUGCAAACAGAGCAUAAUGUCCCUCCAAAAUGGCGACGCAGCCAUUCCACGUACGGAAAUCCUCGAGUACAGCAUUGCAAUGCUCCUCAAUCUGUCCGAAUGGCAGAGUCUCAUCCUCCCGGAUAAGCGUUCUCCCAUCCUGGAGCUAAGUUCAGCCCUUGCAACGGCAGCCAUGGACAUUGAGAAGGGAAAACCAAGUAGGGUAUGCAGAGAAGCCUGGGAUCUCGUCCUACCCAUGUACUCCACAUCCGGGAAUAAGAGGAACAUCUCCAGGGAUUCCCCAACCCUCGCAGUGAAUAACUUCUCGUCCUUCUUCAACAAACUCCGUGAACCGUUUAUUGUGUCAAUCAUUCUGUCGCUCCUCGCGAAGAUCAUCAACAUCAUCAAGGAUGAUACAAAUGUGGAGAUUUCCUGUGACUACAUGUUCCUCUGGCCACCGACAAUUAGCAAUUCCAGCUCCUACAAUAUGCGUGCUGUUUCGGAGACACUGUCCCACCUUUUGGAUCAAAAUCUCAAAUACUAUCCGCAGAAUAUUUCUUGGAUCAAAUUGAAGGCCGAUCUGGACUACCUCAAUGGGAAUAAUGAAGCAGCAAUUAAGGGGUAUGUGAAUGCUCUUAUCUCUGGCACGGAAUACUGCACGCUUCACCUUCAGAAGCCCCUCAUUGAUGACAGUAUGGUACGGAGGAUGAUUAAGUGUAGCACCAAUCUCGGUUGCCACAUGCAGGCGACAGUUUUGUGUCAAUUUCUCGAUGAAAUUGACUACAGUUUAGCCUUCAAAUGUAUCUCGGAGAAGAGUGCAACGUUCACAGAUGCCAUUGAUACGUACUAUUCGUGCAUUUGGGAUGUGACAAUCCUUGAAUUCAUCAUAAAUCUCCAUGCGAAGAAGAAUGAGCACACAAGGAAGCUUCAAGUGAUCUCUUACAUGAGUCAAUUGGAGCUAAAUGCCAAUAACAAUGAGGAAAUCAAGAGAGAAGCAGCAAAUAAUCGUAAAAUGAAAUUCCUCCGGGCACUUGCAAAGCAAUAUAUGUUGCAGGAAAUGUAAAAGAAUGUCCGGAAGUUGUAAAAAAUGAUUUUUUUUUCAAAGAGA